AUGCAAGAUGCGGGAAAAAAUACAUUCUGUCACGAGUAUUAUUUUAUAUUCGAUAUUGUGUUUGGAAGCCUUUACAAUCGGCAACAUGGUAGAGAACGCUUCGCUCGCGGUAUAACGAUUGUUCCAUACCCUACGAUCAAUAAGCCAAUGCCAUCAAUUACCAUGCAUUGA